AACCCCAUAAAUUGUCGACAGCAUUAAAGUGAACUGAAUUCCUUUCAUCGAAUCCCUCGAAAACGGCUGGAAGUAUUCGGCAGCAAACCGGAACAAAUUCCAUCGUUCAAUCAUCGAGCAAAAUUUCACACCCGCCUCAACGGAGCUCCGUCAAAUGCAUUCCAAUGCCAACCGCCGACGAGGAGGAUGACUUUGUCGGUUCGCCAGCAUCACUGAGUGGGAGUAUUAUUUCCGGCCAAACUCCAUCUUCCGAAGCUCCCACACGUUUCUCGAACGUACACUCUACCAGCUCGGCGUAUCGGGAAGCCUGGUUCACAAAAUCGUGCUAAUUAAAUUUUCAUUUCGAAACUGUCUUCUACGGUCGGUUCAUCAUCUUCCAGAGACCAGUUCCGUAACUAUAAUCUGCUAUCAAUCCCAAUCUGGUGGUUUGGUUUCAAUCUUUCCCUCGCUUUCUCACAAUGAACCUUGGGAGACGACCGGCCAGUGGCCAUCAAUGGUUAGCAACCAUCUGUGUCGGAUGCCUAUUGUUGGCAGCUUCCGCCAUCCCCCAAGUACAAUGUAAAUCUACGGACGAGUCAAGCCGGAUAUCGACUAAUGCAAGCAUUCACCAGACAACCGACCCAAACGGGACCCUACACGAGUCGGUCAAUUUCAUAAACAGCAGCAGCAGCAAAAGCUCAUCCGGGGAGCUGGAAGAGUUCGAGUUUCUUCUCGAAUCUUACGUCAACGAUGCUCUGGAUAGGAAUUAUUACGAAAUUGUAGACAGUUUGACAGAUAGGAAUCGGUCCAACACCGGAAGUCAAUCGAAGGCGCAUGGAGCGCGAACGAAGGGAGACGAUGGCUGGGGCUUGUCGGCGUUUGACCGCCGGAUUCUGGGAGGCGUCGGCCAGUACAUCGAUGAACGGGUGUUUGGAAAGCAAGGAAUAACGGCCAGGGCCGUACAGACCGGGCGGUUAUUUUUCUUCAAAGGUCUGAAGAAAAUCCUCUGGCCGCUGAUGAUUGGUGUGCAGAUUGUGAAAACCGUCAUCCUGGUGCUGUUCCUGCCCAGCAUCAUCGGAUCGUUUGGGAAAAUCCUCGGCAAAGGUCUAUCAUCAGUGUCGGGUUUAUCGCAUCCGGCGGAUCCAACGACUGUGGAAGAUUUGGACUUCAAGGACAACUCGUACAACUCAGAUCAGGAUUUCCAGAUGGACAUGCAGCACAAUUCUUAUCUACCGGCUAUCGAUGCCACACCAGCUGGAACAAGCUACAACCCGAUGUACGACAUUGGCACCAGAAAUUCCGCGCUGUCCCGUUUGGGCGUGGGUGGUGGCCGGGUGACUUACGUAAACUCCAUCAACGAUUACAACCGGCAGCAGAAGCGGAACGAUUUCAAGAUUUUCCACGAUAUUCCGAGCAGCAGUCUGCUGCUUACCAAUUACGAUCCGUUCUACAGUCCGCUGUUGUCGCGGUUGGAUGCCGUGUUUGCCCAGAUGGGACUGUCUAACAAGCAGGAAACCUGCAGGGAGCGGCUGGUGUGUCUGAUGUACGCCAAUCCGGCCAAGUACGCACCGUACAGCAACCUGAUAUCGGCGCAGCUGAGCAGGGAGCUCAACGAACUGCGCAAACCGACGAACGAUAACCCGGACAUCCUCCGGUUCUUCAAGUAUAUGCGGGCAGCCAAGGAUGGACAGGAUGGCAUCGAUUGCGAACGGGCACACAAAGCUUGUACCGGCUACCAGGAUCUCUCGAAUCCUGCCAUGGUGACAACUUUCAAUGACAUCAACAAAUUGGUCCAGGCCCGGAAGCUGUAGUUCCUGAUGAUCGGAACGGAACGAAGAUGAAGGUUGAUUGAUGUUCAGGGAGAUGGAACACGAAUGACACAAAAAAUCAUGUUAAGAGUGCUAAUUAAGCACUACGACAAAACGGUUGAUUUCAGGAAUUGAUGAUUAAGUUUCGAAACUGGGAAAGGGGAAUCCAAUUAGGACGAAAAAGUAAAUAAAAUAGGAAGAACAAAAGAUAGCUAGGUUAUGCAGUAGCAGCAGAACAAAUCGGAAGGAAAAAAAACAAAAAGCGAAGAUUGAAUCGCACUCAAUCCAUGGAGAUUAUCCACUUAAGUUCAGGUGUAGAAAUUGGAUGCAAUGCAAAUUAGAAACCGUAACCGUGCAUUCUUGUGCGAUGCUGGCAGCUGUAAGAGAUGAUGGUUUUUCGAAAGCGGAAUGUUCUCAGAAUGACACCUUGAAAAACUUUCAUCCUUCCGCGUCGCCGUUCAUCGCCCAAGCAGUGCUAAGAUUAGAACGUAGGAACUCGAUAAAAACGAAAGGAAGCCAGCGGCGGGAAACACUUUUAUCUUCUCUGUCAAAGACGAAGAUGAAACUGGUGAAAGUUGAUACUUUUUGUGUGCAACGUCAGCUUCUUUGAUUUUUGUUUUGUUUUAAGUAGAAUGACAUGUGCCUGUAAUUACUAUUUAGAUAAUCCAUCCAUUAGAUAACAAACUAGUUUUCUUAAGUAUUAUUUAUUUAUUUAUUUAUUUUAGUAUGUAUCUAUUUAUUUAUUUAUUUAUUUAUUUAUUCAACUGCCAAUCUUUCGAUAAGACCUUAGCGAAAAACUUAUUAUUUGGUAAAUCAUAAACAUGUCGGACGUUUAUACGUAACUACUCUCAGAGGUGGAAUUGUGAGAUUCCAUUCUGUAGCAUAAGUGUGAAAGUGAAAUAAAUAAAUGAUCAUGCAACUAA